ACCCCCUUCAAACCUCAACAACCAAAAAACAUUAAAAAGAAAAAGAAAGAUAAAAAUAAAAGUAAGAAAAUGUAAAAGAUAUAUGCAAAAAAUUGAUGAGCAAGAUUGAUGAGGCUUUGAAGCCUUGGUCUUGAAUCUCUGGUGUCCUUCUCAGGCGCGGUGUGAUUAGGGUGUGGGACAGGAGUGGUGGGUUGCGAAUCUUGUUCAGGUUCAAGCCAAUUAUGGUUCGGGGUGUGGUGGUGGAAGGCAGGGAAAAGGAGGACCAGCUUACGGCGUCGUAUUACGAGGAAGGAGAUGUAACUCUGGCUCAAUUGUCCAGGUCUCCUAAGACCAAGCCCAAACCUACACCUCCUUCCUCUUCUUCCCCUUCGGUGAAACAGAAGAAGCCGAAUGUCGAGGACGAAAAGUUUUCCAAGAUGAAGAAAGUGAGCGCUCGUGCCAAAAUUAACCUUGCUGCAUCUGGUCAUUCAGGAAAAGUGUUGAGCUCUAAGCAGAAUAUGGCCACAAUUAAUGGAUCAUGUGCACUAAGUGGUGAAGCCAAGUCAUCUGCUGUGAUUCGAGCGCAGGAGGUUCGAUCAAAUCUAGGACCUGAAUACCCUAGUUUUGUGAAAUCUCUGGUUAGAUCACAUGUUGCUAGUUGUUUCUGGAUGGGACUUCCUGGGUUGUUCUGCAAGACACACUUACCAGAUAAAGAUGUUACAAUCACUUUGGAAGACGAAAGUGGGAAACAAUAUCAGUCGAAAUACAUUGCAUACAAAACAGGCUUGAGUGCUGGCUGGAGACAGUUUGCUGCUGCACACAACCUGCUUGAGGGAGAUGUUUUGGUCUUCCAAUUAGUUGAACCUACCAAAUUUAAGGUUUACAUAAUAAGGCCCAAUGAUUUAACUGAAGUGGAUGGGGCUCUCGGCCUCCUUAAUUUGGAUGCUCACAUAUGUCAAGAUGAUGAAGACAAAGAUGAUGCAGAAAUGGAUGCUAAUACUAAUAGGAAACGCAUGAAAUCUCUUCCUUUAGCAGUUGUUGAAAAGAAGAAAAAGAAGACUGGCCAGUCAACAUGGGCUCCUAAAGCAGCUGAACAAUCUGAAAAUGACAGUGAGGAGGUGGGUUCUGAAGUUUAUGAAGGUUCCAAGUUGUCUAGACCAGCAGUUCAAUUUAAAGACGUUAAAAGUUUUGAAAACUUUAGCAUUCUGGUAGAUGGAUUUCUUAUAGAUUCUGAGCUCCCCGAAGAUAUAAGACAAAUGUACUACAAGCUGUGCUGUAGUCAGAAUGCAUUUCUUCAUGAACAUCUUAUCAAAGGCAUAAAUUAUAAGCUGAUUGUGGGAAUCAUCUACGAAACAGUUAACAUCGCCAAUGCCAUAAAAUCUUGCAAGCUUGCCACCUCUUGGAAUGACUUUGCUGCUUGGGAAAAAUCCCUAAAAGCCUUUGAGCUUCUGGGCAUGAAUGUUGGGUUUCUACGUGCUCGGCUGUGCCGGCUUGCAAACCUUGCAUGUGAAUCAGAAGAUUCUGUGGUUGUGAAGAGGUUUAUAGAUGCUGAAACGGAACGAUCUCAAGCCAAAAGUGGAAUAAGAAAUAUUGAGAGGAAGCUCGAGGAAUUAAAGGAGGCCUGUGACACAUUUGGUGUUGCUAUUGAGAAUCUGCGGUCACAAGCUGAAAUCGAUGAGCUCAAGUUCCAGGAACAGGUUAAUGUUCCUUGGUGAUAAUUGACCUUGUCAAUAUCAAAAGUACCGAAAACUAUACAAUUGCCUUGUUGAAAUAUGCCUGUUACUAAUGUAAUUCGAGUCUCACUUUACACUUGAAAGCUUGUGCUUUCUACGAGGGAAGUUAAAUUUAGACAUAGAAGUUCUCUCCAACCACAAGUUUUCAUGAUUUUCUUGUUAUGGUUGAGUUGUAAUGAAGCUGCAACUAGUGUUGGCAAGAGAGGAACCAAAGCCAGCAGAUUUCAAACACGUCUAAUGGAAAAGUUAUUUUGCUCCAAA